AUGAAUUACUACAUGUCAUCUAGUGUUCACUGUUUACAAUACAAGUAUUGGAUAUAUGAAAAUAUAAGGAAAAUUUUUGUUAAUAAGUCUAAUAACAAUAGCGCUAAAGACACUAUUAAUGAAUUUUUGAGCUUACAAGAAAAUAUUUUUAAAAAAAGUAAUUUUAAGUGUAAUAGCGACAAAGGCGCUAUACAUAAGAAAUACAUUAAUUCUAUUAUUAAUCUAUAUGAUAAGCAUAAUCAAGCUAAAUGUUCUGAAGAAAAUUAUUGUUUUGACUAUGAUUGUCUAGAAUAUUUUAAGUAA